GGCUCGGCCGCCAGCGACGGAGCGGGCCCGGCCCGAGCGGGGGCCUCGACGCCGGCCGAGUGCGGGGGGGCGCGCCCUGCUGCUCCGGGACCGAACCGAGCCGAGCCGAACCGGGCCGCGCGCACCGCCAGGGACCUCCACCUUCACUGUUGCCACUGGUAGACGAAGCCCUGUGGCUGCCAGAAAUCUACGCCACACCCCGACUGCAGGACAGACCCGCAGCCUCCAAGCACUGCCACCAUGGGGUCGGAAGAUCCUGGGGCCCAGAACCCCAGCUGCAAGAUCAUGACGUUCCGGCCCUCGCUGGAGGAGUUCAAGGACUUCAACAGAUACGUGGCCUACAUCGAGUCCCAGGGCGCCCACCGCGCUGGCCUGGCCAAGAUCAUUCCUCCAAAGGAGUGGAAGCCUCGGCAGACGUACGAUGACAUCGACGACGUGGUCAUCCCGGCGCCCAUCCAGCAGGUGGUGACGGGCCAGUCGGGCCUGUUCACACAGUACAACAUCCAGAAGAAGGCAAUGACCGUGGGCGAGUACCGGCGUCUGGCCAACAGCGAAAAAUACUGCACUCCACGGCACCAGGACUUUGACGACCUGGAGCGCAAGUACUGGAAGAACCUCACCUUCGUGUCCCCCAUCUACGGGGCCGACAUCAGCGGCUCUUUGUAUGACGAUGACGUGGCGCAGUGGAACAUUGGGAACCUGCGGACCAUCCUGGACAUGGUGGAGCGUGAGUGCGGCACCAUCAUCGAGGGCGUGAACACGCCCUACCUCUACUUCGGCAUGUGGAAGACCACAUUCGCCUGGCACACGGAGGACAUGGACCUCUACAGCAUCAACUACCUGCACUUUGGGGAGCCCAAGUCCUGGUAUGCCAUCCCCCCAGAGCAUGGCAAGCGCCUGGAGCGACUCGCUAUCGGCUUCUUCCCCGGGAGCUCCCAGGGCUGUGACGCCUUCUUGCGCCACAAGAUGACCCUCAUCUCACCCAUCAUCCUCAAGAAGUAUGGGAUCCCCUUCAGCCGGAUCACGCAGGAAGCGGGCGAGUUCAUGAUCACCUUUCCCUACGGCUACCAUGCUGGCUUCAACCACGGCUUCAACUGUGCUGAGUCCACCAACUUCGCCACCCUGCGCUGGAUCGACUACGGCAAAGUGGCCACGCAGUGCACGUGCCGCAAGGACAUGGUGAAGAUCUCCAUGGACGUGUUCGUGCGCAUCCUACAGCCUGAGCGCUACGAGCAGUGGAAGCAGGGCAAGGACCAGCCGGCACUGGACCACACGCGCCCCACAGCACUCAGCAGCCCCGAGCUCAGCUCCUGGAGUGCCUCCCGUGCCUCGCUUAAGGCCAAGCUCCUCCGCAGACAGGUGAGUGUGAAGGAGAGACACUGGCGGAAGGCCGAGGACGACAGACGGCCAGGCCUAGACAGGAAGAGAGAGCCCAGCAGGAAGCCGGGGUUCCAGUCUCAUCGGAAGCGGAACCAGCCCAAGAAGUCCAAACCUGAAGACUCCAAGUCUGCAGAGGAGGGCUCGGCCCCGGCAGCCAUCCAGGAGGAGGUGGGUGUCGGCCUGAAAGAGGCGGUGCCCCCUGAGGUGGAGCCCGAGGAGGAAGACGAGCCCCCGGUUCUGGCCCAGGCCCGGGACCCUGAGAGUGCAGAGGAGGACGACAGGGGCAAGGCGCGACCCCCCAAAGCCAAGGGCGACCGGAAGAAAAAGGGCCUGAACCCCCUGCACACACACUCCCCGCCCGCACCUGCCCCCUCCUCCAGCAGGGAGGCCCCUCGGCCCGAGCCCCCAAGCCCCGCCGCCCCCAGCGACAGCCCCACGGCCGCCCCCCUCAACGUGGUGCCACCCGAGGCCCCAGGAGAGGAGCAGGAGGCACGACCACGCCCCAUCAUACCGAUGCUGUACGUGCUGCCGAGGCCCGGGCCAUUUCCCGGGGACAAGGGCCGUGUGUCCUGCUCGCCACCCACGGAGCCGCCUGGCCACAAGGAGCCCGCCUGGAAGGCGUCCGUGGGGCCCAUGGAGCUGGGGGCGCCUGAGGACGGCGGGGCCCCUGAUCGUCAGGCACCACCCCUGACUCCCCAGCUGAAGGUGGAGGUGAAGAAGAGCCGGCGCCACCCCUUGGGCAGGCCCCCUACCCGCUCGCCGCUGUCUGUAGUCAAGCAGGAGGCAUCCAGCGACGAGGAAGCUCUGGCCUUCCCCGGGGAGGAGGAUGCAAGCGAUCCUGUGGCCCUGCGGGCGCUAUUGGACCUGGCAUGGGGGGACCAGGCCGCCCGCUUCCAAGCCGAGCGCAGUUUCAAUGAGGCCGCUGCCCUGAGGGAGCCGCACUGUGCCGUGUGCGCCCUCUUCUACCCCUACAGCCAGUCCUUGCAGAUGGAAAAGGAGGCCCCUCCGGCCCCUGCUGGCGACACCCCAGCUGCACCCCCCUCCAGGAGGGGCCAGAAGACGCAACCGCUGAUCCCUGAGAUCUGUUUCACGUCGGGUGGGAGCACAGGGAGCACCGAGCCACUGCCGGGCACCGCGGCCAUUGGGGAAGACGGCGCCAGUCUGCUCAUCGCCUGCGCCAAGUGCUGCCUGCAGGUCCACGCCAGUUGCUACGGUGUCCGGCCGGAACUGCUUAGCGACGAUUGGACAUGCUCCCGCUGUGCCGCACACGCCUGGACUGUGGAGUGCUGCCUGUGCAACCUCAGGGGAGGCGCCCUACAGGUGACCACGGACGGGAGGUGGAUUCAUGUGAUCUGCGCCAUUGCCGUCCCGGAAGUUCGGUUCGUGAACGUGACAGAACGCCACCCUGUGGACAUCAGCGCCAUUCCCGAGCAGCGUUGGAAGCUGAAAUGCGUGUAUUGCCGGAAGUGGACGAAGAAGGUGUCGGGUGCCUGCAUCCAGUGCUCCUGCGAACACUGCUCCACCUCCUUCCACGUGACCUGCGCGCACGCCGCAGGGGUCCUCAUGGAGCCUGACGACUGGCCCUACGUGGUGUCCAUCACUUGCCGCAAACACAAGGCGGCCGCCCACAGUGCGCAGUCCCUGCGGGCCGUGUCCCUGGGCCAGGUGGUCAUCACCAAGAACCGCAACGGGCUCUACUACCGCUGCCUCGUCAUUGGCAGCACUGCCCAGACCUUCUACGAGGUCAACUUCGAGGACGGCUCCUACAGCGACAACCUGUACCCCGAGAGCAUAACCAGCAGAGACUGUGCCCGCCUGGGGCCCCCGGCCGAAGGGGAGCUAGUGGAGCUGCGCUGGGCCGACGGCAACUUGUACCGGGCCAGGUUCAUAGCUGCUGCUGCUAAUGUCCUCUACCAGGUGGAGUUUGAGGACGGGUCCCAGCUGACGGUGAAGCGGGGUGACAUCUUCACGCUGGAUGAGGAGCUCCCCAAGAGGGUGCGGUCGCGGCUGUCGCUGAGCACCGGAGCGCCCCAGGACGGCCUCUUCGCGGGGGAAGAGGUGAAGGCAGCGAAGCGGCCACGGGUCGGUACCCCGACCUCCACUACCCCGACCUCCACCUCGCGUGCCCCUGAGGUGCUGGGGCCCAGUCCGGACUACCUGGCCUUCAUGGAGAACCUGCUGCAGGCGCAGGCGCAGGCCCAGGCCCGGCCCGGGCCCCCCUUCUAGGAUGCAGGCGGCGGCGGGCCCGGCGUUGGCGUGCUGUGAAUCCCCGGCCUGGCCCGGCCCGGCCCAGCCGGGGACCCCUCUGCGGCCGCGGCCCGCACGGACUCAGGGAGCAGGGCCACGUGGGCAGGGCCGGCUUGGACCCAGGCGAGCUCUUCUCGGAAACGGUGCUACUGCAGAGCCCGAGAGCGAUUGCGACUCGUGUACAUACCCACCAACCGCCUUUGUGAGGUUCUUUCUACGAAUUCCUGUUGUUUAAAAAAAUAGACGCGCGGAAAAGAGAACAAGAGGAGAAAAAACCCCAGAGUUGUUUUCUAGAUUUGUGGCUUUACCAACCCAACCCUCCUUUUCUCGAGCCAGAGGCGAUGUCGACGGACACAAACUGCUGGUUGGGUCGGUUCCUGAGGGUUUUUUUGGGGAAUCCUUCGAGAUCGGGCUUGGGGGGCCGGGGCGAUCGUCCAGCCGAUCGGUGCUGCUUGUGCUGUGGCCCACCCGGGUUCCAUCUCCGGCGUCCCCGAGGGUCCCCCAUCGCCACCAGGAGUGGUCCCUGAGUGCAGGGCCUGGAGUCAGCCUCGAGCACCGCCUCAGGGCAUGCCCCAUCAGCUUUGUCUGGGGCCAGCGGGCGUGGAGGGGGCACCAC